UCAUGGCUGGGAUUAUCCACUACAUCUGGGAGUCACUGAAGCUGGAGAAGGUGAGGAUGAAAUCUGCGAUUGGCAUUGGGACCCUUCUUCAGGAUGGUUUAGGUGACACAAUCAGAGUUUCACUGACCGAGCCACCCGAGGAAGAGAUAGAUCCGUGUAGAAGGAUGGCUAACCUUGGUAUGAAAGCUGCCGAACUUCAGCAAGGGGUGGCAGGAUUUGGAAACAUUGAUUAAUUAGACAUGUUUUAUCACUUCAAAUACCAUUAUUUUGAGAACCUUUCUUUCUGACUCGAAAUUUCAACCAGCACGAUUUGAGGAAAAGCACAGACAUUACUUUGAUUUCCGGCGUCG